CAUUCCCUACCUUCAUGCAGAAUGCCCACACCACCUAACCACUCCACUCAUACAUGCAAUCAAGGGAAUUGCAACAACAGCCCUUGUUUUCAUCUCAUUGGAGUUGGAGGAGGAUAGAAAUCUAGGGUUUUUCUUUUGGUGUGCAAUACCCAACUCUCUCUCUCUCUCUCUCUCUCUCUCUCUCUCUUCCCCCUAUAUAAAGCCAGAAUAUAUAACUAGUUCUAUAGAGAUGGCCAUCAUCACCAUCCAUCCUCCAUGGACUUUCACCUUUGGUCUCUUAGGUAACAUAGUCUCGUUCAUGGUCUACCUUGCUCCCUUGCCCACAUUUUAUCGAGUUUAUAGGAAGAAAUCAACGGAGGGAUUUCAAUCACUUCCUUAUGUGGUUGCAUUGUUCAGUGCAAUGAUGUGGAUUUACUAUGCGUUUGUAAAGACCGAUGCUUACCUGUUGAUCACAAUCAACACCAUUGGAUGUGUCAUCCAAACCAUAUACAUCACAAUAUACAUAACUUAUGCACCAAAGAAGGCUAAGCUCAUUACUGCUAAACUGCUUUUGUUGUUAAAUGUUGGGGUGUUUUGUUUGAUUCUUAUCUUGACCCAAGUGUUAGUGGGGGGCCCACAGCGUGUUCGGGUCCUUGGAUGGGUUUGUGUCGCCUUCUCCGUUAGUGUCUUUGCAGCUCCUUUGAGCAUCAUGAGGCUUGUUAUACGUACGAAGAGUGUAGAGUUCAUGCCAUUUUACUUGUCUUUCUUCCUUACAUUGAGUGCUGUGAUGUGGUUCUCCUACGGUUUUCUACUGAAGGAUAAAUUCAUUGCUCUGCCAAAUGUGGUGGGCUUCAUCUUCGGCCUCCUUCAAAUGAUCCUAUACAUGUUUUAUAAGGGUACCAAGAAAGAAAUUCAAGAACAAAAGCUACCCGAACACAUCGCCAACGUCGUUAGGCUGAGCACGAUAGGGAGUUCGGAGGUCCACCCGAUCGAUGUUGUGCCACAGACCCACAAUGAGAAAAACAUGGACGAAGAUGUACAGUCACUUGAACGGGCUGAUCAGGACAAGAAAGAUGUGGGGCCCACUGAGGAGGCCCAAUCAAGUAAAUGCGAAGUUUGAUAAUGCAUGUUCUUAUAUGCAUUAGUUGGGACUUGGAUGCAACUUCUAUGUAUGAUUUUGGGAUUUUUGGUUCAAAAGAGAUGAAUGAUGGGGAGAGGCAUUCCUACACCAUAUGCGCUUCUUCAAGCUCUCUCUC